AAUGUCGAAAGAGCGGGAAAGAAAGGUUAUGUUGUGAACAACUUGUGGUGAUAUGUAUUGCCAUGCGUCGGCGAGAAACGGAUUAUAUACAAAAAUAAUUCAUUUUGCAACAAAUUUCAAUUGCAUCAAUAAAUUUAUUAAUGCGUUAUUAAUACGUGAUUAAUUAUAUCUUAUUGUUAGUAUUUUGUUUUCUACUCUCGCUGAUUCUUCAUUGUUAGCAAGCCAGUAUGCCUAUUAUUUUUUUUUUGGAAUUUCUGCGAAAGUAACAAAAGAGAGGCAUAGAUAAAGAAUUUUUUCACCGAGCAGAAGUAGCAUUUACAUAGGCAGGGUGAAAUAAUUUCUACUUGCAAAGCAUGAAGGACAUAAAACAAUAUUUUACCAACGGUGCAAAGACGGUCAACGAGGAAGUCGCUACUGAUUCCGGCAAUGCAGCAGACCUGCAGCAAGGCGAGCUGGAAGAAACUGUGACGACGCGCAAACGUAAACGCGUGAAAAUCCGGAUAUCACGCACCAGAGACUCCAAAGAAAGGAUGUGCGACAUAAUCGAGAGCAAAAAUGACCUGAUUGACAAAACACCCAGUCCGUUCAAUGCCAAGAAGGUAAACAAUGAGAGUACUCCGCAAGAUAGGACGCCCAAGUCUCGUCUUGCUGGUUUCAGCACUGAACAACGUUUGCAGAAGGAUUCUAAGCUUGCUGCAGAAAUGAACGGAAGUCAGUCGGAAAAGAUAAAGAAUAUUCUGCAAAAUCAAAAGUUAAACACACCGAUUAUUCUGGAUUUGGACGAUGAUCCUAGCAAUGAUGCAAAGAACAUCGACGAUAAGGAUACGUCAAAUGCAGAACUCUGUAAUGAAGCUGGUUCCCAACGGGAAGAAUCAAAUGCCUUUCAAUUGCUUAUGAAUCGUAGUAAACCAAUACAGUAUAAGUCACCGUUGCCACAGCCUGUGGAAGAAGUAGAGCUUAAGGAAAAAAUUACUGAGUUGAAAUCUAAACGCAAAGAAAAAUUAAUAGCCUUAGCUGACAAGAAAGGUUAUUCAAAAAAGAAACUUGCAGAGUUGGAAGAGGGUGAGAGAAUAGAAAAGAAUAUAGAAGACCGCAUGAGAGUUUUCAAAGGUGAUAACAAGGAUAAUGUUACACACAGAAAAGACGAGAAUAUUGAAUUACCAUUGAAAAAUAACAAACAGCAUUCUGGAAACUUGCUGGAUUACUUCAGUAAAUCACCCUUGAAAUCGGCAGAUAAGAACGUAAAAUGCAUGUCUACUUUUACUGUAAAAGCGGAUGUGCAUCGAACUGAUAAUUCCGAUAUCGAACCUGUACUCAAGCCAGUACCGAACAAAAUAUACUCUAAUAAAACAUGUUCGAAGUCGAAAUUGGAUCUUUCCACAGCUGACGACAUUCACAUUAUAACGUCUGAAAAUUUAUUUUCCCCGCAAACCGCUAAAGGAGGCAAGCAAAAGCGAGAGAAACCUCGUUGGUCUUUGCGUAUAAAACUGCAAUCUUCGGAAAAUAACGAUUGUGCAAAUGAUACUACUGAUGACGAGUUAUUUUCACCGAGGAGCAGAUCAAAAUUAAACACCUCGAGUAAAUCGCGAAACUUAGUAAAUACAGAAGGAAACGAAAUUUACGUGAAGAAUUCUAAUGGAUAUAGUAAAAAGCUGCGAAAUAACGAGAAAAAAGAGUCGACCGAUAAAGAAAGAAAUGUUUCGAACACUGUCAAGGAUGCCGUCAUUAGCAGUGGUGAUAAAGAUGUUGACAUGUGCCCGAGAAAAUCAAAUACAAGAGGCAGAACGAAGCAAAAGCUUAACGUUACAAGUGAAUCUAUAGUAAUUGACGAUGAGUGCGAAAGUAUAAAUGAUAGCGUGUUAAAGAGGAAGCCGAAUGAAACGCUGGCACCCUUGUUUGUUAAGCGACGUAGGACGGAUCCUGCUGCCGCGGCAGCGAGACGUUUGUUUCUGCAGUCUGAUAUGACCGAUGUGGAAAACAAAAGUGCAGAUCGCAAGCUGAAUAAUAACACAUUUAUGCUACCGUUUCCUGCUAUUAGCCACGUGACACAGCUAAAAGAUAAAUCAGACUCGCCCACAGCGGCGAUUAAACAUAAAUUCCCGAUGAAAGUUGAGAAAGAAUAUUCGCCUUCGAUAAAUGUUAGUAAUUAUAAAUGCAUCACUAAUUACAGUGAAGUGCCAAAAGCGACCGAAGCGAUAAGCGAACCUGUGAAGGAAAACGUCGAUCGGGUAUUGUCCGAGAUCGAGAAGAUUUGCCCGGACGUUCAGAGAAUGUGGAAUACCAUAUCGGCGAUCAAAGGCAAAUUGAAGAAAUCGCAGAUAAGAGGCAGAAAGUCGCUUGAACGAAAGAAGAUGUUAACUGAGAGCAUUAGGAGCGACGAGAAUCAAUCGCACGAUUGCGCGUGGACUUGUAAAUAUAAACCGACUAGCGCGCAGGAUAUAGUCGGGAACGAAGAAGCCGCGGAAAAGCUGAAGAACUGGCUGACAAGUUGGAGAACGUCCUUAGUGAAAGGGGAUGACGGCAGCAGUGGUGAUGAGUUCUAUUCGUCGGACUACAGCUCAUCGUACAACGAGAAUAAUCAGAUAGCUGUGUUACUGGGACCGCACGGCAGCGGGAAGAGCGCGAGCGUGUACGCGAUAGCGGAGGAACUCGGUUACAGUGUACUCGAAGUGAACGCUUCUUCCAGGCGCACCGGAAAGAAACUUUUGAAGGAAUUAGAAGAAGCUACGAAGUCGCACAGAAUUAGAAAGAACAAACAUAAACCUCUGUUUGAGCAGGCCGCAAACAAGAGCGAGGAGCCAAAAAUAUUGCAAAACUCGUUAAUUUUGCUCGAGGACAUCGAUCUCAUUUUUGAGGAGGAUGAGGGCUUUAUUUCUGCCGCGUAUCAAUUAGCAUCGAACACUAAACGACCAAUUGUCAUGACAUCUAGAGAUACGUGCCCGCACUUGAGUAAAAUGGCACCGCAACAGAACAAGAUCUACUUUCAAAGAGUGAAUGGUAACAGAGUGUCUGCCUUACUGGAAUUAAUUUCAUUAGCGGAAACGGGUUAUAGGAUUCCGCAUAAUUACCUAAUGCAGUUGCUACAAGCGGGCGAUUUACGACAGGCGCUGCUUCAGUUGCAAUACCUGGUAAUGUCUGGUCCACCAGUGUUAUCCGAGCAAUCCACGACCAUGAAGUCGUCAUUCUGGCAGGACGUGCAACGCUACGUAUACAAGCCUGCAGUUAAAUUAAGCAGGAAGCAAAAGACAAAGAAAGACGUGAAUACCAAAACAUCCAAUAAUAUCGUGCACAUAAUGAAUAGUUUAGCAGAUGAUUUGGAUGGUGUAUCUCUAGUCUCGUCAUUAAUCGAUGUCGAAGAUGCGGUAUUGAAUAUGUCGAAAGAGAACGUGCAACCGAAUCUAUCCUUAGCUGAAAAUGUAUCGUUCUAUUCGGCCUCGCACGGUCUGAGCGUAGACAUAGCGAGUUUUGUGAGCGAUCGAAUAUUGUACAAAAACUUACGCGUGAACGAGUAUGUACAAAAUCAAAAUAUCGUUCUGCGAAAGCAACUGAACCAAGAAGUGGAUCUCGCGCUGUCGCAUGUCACAUCGACCUGUUUGGAUCAACGAAUCAUGGCGUUAGAUUAUCUACCGACCGCGCGGGCAAUAUGUCGCGCGGAGGAGUCUCGCUCCACCGCCAAUUACAAACGAGGUAACCGAUUUUUCCAUUAUCUGCACGGCCUGAAAGUGCCAACCGCGUUCAUGAAGCCGAAUAUCUUGGCCGCUGCGUGUAAAAUGUUGCAAGAAAGAGUAGAUAAAACUGCACUCGCAGGCGUAACCAACGUUAGCGAUUAGUCUUUAGGAUAGAUGCACUUCUUUUUUUACACAAAAAUGUGAUGCACGUAUUUUUAGCGAAAGCGAUAAAUUUUGAUGUGAAAUAUCUGAAUUUGUGACUUAUAUAUGUUAUGAUGAAAUGGUUAUGAUGUGGUGAGUUGCAGUGUAUCGUUACUGUUGUAUAUGCAAUAUCUCUUUUAAUAUUAAUUAUUACUAUUACUACCCUAGUGCCUUAUAUACAUCUUGUAAAUGAGUUUAUUAUAUUAAUAAGAUACAGGUAUAUCUGCAUGUGUAAAAAAAGUAGAAAAUAAAUAAUUAUAUUUAGAAUAUUUUAUAUUG